GCGGGAGGCCGCUGCGGGGAGCACGCGUGAGAAGCUGCAGGGUCGGGUGGAGAAGUGCACAAAGGUGGAGAGGAACGUAGAGACGCAGGCUGCUGGGAGUAAAGACCACACAGAUGGAGAGGGCUCAGAAGCUGGGAACCAAUGUGCUUGUGAAACUGAACACGACAAAAGUAUGGAUAUGGGAAACCAACAUCCUUCUAUUAGUAGGCUUCAGGAAAUCCAAAAGGAAGUAAAAAGCAUAGAACAGCAAGUAGUUGGCUUCAGUGGUCUGCCAGAUGACAAGAAUUACAAGAAACUGGAGAGGUUUCUAACAAAACAACUGUUUGAAAUAGACUCUGUAGAUACUGAAGGGAAAGGAGACAUUCAGCAAGCUAGGAAGAGGGCAGCACAGGAGACAGAGCGUCUUCUCAAAGAGUUGGAGCAGAAUGCAAACCACCCACACCGGAUUGAAAUACAGAACAUUUUUAAGGAAGCCCAGUCCCUUGUGAGAGAGAAAAUCGUGCCAUUUCAUACUGGAGGCAACUGCGUAACUGAUGAAUUUGAAGAAGGCAUCCAGGAUAUCAUUCUGAGGCUGACACAUGUUAAAACUGGAGGGAAGAUCUCCUUGCGGAAAGCAAGGUAUCACACUUUAACCAAAAUCUGUGCAGUGCAAGAGAUUAUUGAAGACUGCAUGAAAAAGCAGCCUUCCCUGCCACUCUCUGAGGAUGUGCAUCCUUCUGUGGCCAAAAUUAACUCUGUGAUGUGUGAAGUGAACAAGGCCAGAGGCACUCUGAUUGCACUUCUGAUGGGAGUGAACAAUAAUGAGACUUGCAGGCACUUAUCCUGUGUGCUGUCAGGGUUGAUUGCAGAUCUGGAUGCUUUAGAUGUGUGCGGGCGUACGGAAAUCAGAAAUUAUCGAAGGGAGGUAGUAGAAGAUAUCAACAAAUUAUUGAAAUAUUUGGAUUUGGAAGAGGAAGCAGAUACUACCAAAGCAUUUGACCUGGGACAGAAUCAUUCCAUUUUAAAGAUAGAAAAGGUCCUCAAGAGAAUGAGAGAAAUAAAAAAUGAACUUCUCCAAGCACAGAACCCUUCUGAAUUGUACCUGAGCUCCAAGACAGAAUUGCAGGGUUUGAUUGGACAGCUGGACGAGGUAAGUCUAGAAAAAAACCCCUGCAUCCGGGAAGCCAGGAGGAGAGCCGUGAUCAAGGUGCAAACCCUGAUCACUUACAUUGACCUGAAGGAGGCGCUUGAGAAAAGAAAGUUUUUUGCUUGUGAGGAGCACCCAUCUCAUACAGCAGUCUGGAACGUCCUUGAAAACUUGUCAGAGAUCCAGGAAGAAGUUCUUUCAUUUGAUGGCAAUCGAGCCGAUAAGAACUACAUCCGGCUGGAGGAGCUGCUCACCAAGCAGCUGCUGGCGCUGGAUGCUGUGGAUCCGCAGGGAGAAGAGAAGUGUAAGGCUGCCAGGAAACAGGCGGUGAAGCUUGCCCAGAAUAUUCUCAGCUAUCUCGACUUGAAAUCCGAUGAAUGGGAGUACUAAAAUACCAGAGAUCUCGCGUUUGAUAUUGCUUGUUUUGCACUUUAUAUACACUUCUAUGUAUUUAUAGAGACCUUUCAGUUCAUUGAGCCUAAAUGUGAUUUAUACGUGCAUAUUUCAAUCUCAGUAUUUAUGAUUUAAGCAAAAUUAUAUUCAGUAUCUCUGCUGCUUUUGACGUUUCAAAACAAAUAUCAUUACAGCACAUUAACUUUUCCAUUUGGAUCAUUAUCUGUAUGAUGUGGUGUGGUUUGUCCUUUUUAUUUUAUUUUAUUUUAUUUUUUUGCGUUUUUAGUCAGAAAA